UCCGUGAGACAGUCCUGGACUUAAGAGCUCACGAACUUGGCUCCGAAUUCUUUUAAAUUCAAUUUGUGUAGCCUAUACUUGGUGAUAUUGCAUUAAAAAAAUAAUAAUUAUUCAGUUUUAAAAUAGAUUUAAGCUAAUGAAAGAAUGUGCUGGAUAGGCUAGCUAAUUUUAAACUUUUAGGAUAUUAACAUUUUUUUCAGAUCAAUGAUUCAGUAAAUUCGAGUAGGUAAUCAAUUCGUUAUAUUUAUUGUUUUCCUUUUUGAAACAGCGCCAUAUUAUGAAAAUGUGGUCGUAUUUAUUCAUAUCUACAUUAACUGUUUGCCUCUGUGCUGAAACAUCUGCUCACUCGUUUGAGACUGAGGAGAUUAUACCUGUACGGCUGACUGGAAGGACCGGUGGACGAGUGGCAAAGAGGAGUGAAGAACAACUCAGCUUCAGACUCACGGCUUUCGGCAGGAAUUUCACACUUAAUUUGACACCGGACAGCACCUUUAUAUCGCCAGAACUGAAGGUAUAUCGCAUCAAAGUCAAACCACAAGAAAGACUUGAGUCAACCAGCAACCCGAAAAAUCUUUAUACUUCCUUGAAUCAAACUGAAGAGACUGGAGCAGAUGUAUUAAAAGGUUGUUUUUACACCGGCGCUGUUGACUCCAAUGAGGACUCUAUUGUUUCUGUCAGUGUAUGCCGUGGGAUUUUAGGAUCAUUCAUUACAGAUGGUAAAGAAUAUACAGUCGAGCCUAAACUUUUAGGCUUGGGAACAUAUGGAAAGAUAACCGAGCAGCUGCAUGUCAUUAAAAGAAGACGUUUCACAAAGUCCCCGCAGGUCUCUAAACAGCUGUCAGAUAUCAGAGAUGAUCAUCAAAAGUCGAUGAUCCAGAUGCCGUCAAGGCGCACGCGCUUUGUCUCCACGCCCAGGUUUAUCGAGACUUUGGUGGUCGGCGACGCUUCCCUGACACAUUUCUAUGGAGAUGAGAUCAAGCACUACUUGUUGACUUUGAUGUCAAUGGCUGCUCAGAUUUACAAGCAUCCUAGCAUUAAGAACUCCAUCAACAUAGUGCUUGUGAAGAUGCUGAUUGUGGAGGACGAAGAGGUUGGACCGUCAGUCUCCAGCAAUGGAGGCGUCGCUCUGCGUAACUUCUGUGCCUGGCAACAGCUCUUCAACCCGCCCAGCCACAGGCACCCAGAGCACUAUGAUACAGCCAUACUUUUUACUCGAGAGGACAUCUGUGGACAUCAGAGUUGUGACACAUUGGGCGUAGCUGAUGUUGGAACCAUGUGUGACACCAAAAGGAGUUGUUCUGUUAUUGAAGACAAUGGCCUUCAGGCUGCUUACACGACUGUCCAUGAGCUAGGCCAUGUUUUGAGUAUGCCGCACGAUGACACUAAGAACUGUGAGCAGCUUUUUGGACAUCUAGGCGAGCACCAUGUCAUGGCCCCUGUUUUCACUCAGUUCAGUAAGACCUCGCCUUGGUCUUCCUGCAGUGCUUUGUACGUCACAGAGUUUUUCGACAAUGGCCAUGGAGACUGUUUACUGGACACCCCUGAGACGAUAGUGGCCUUACCCACUGAGCUGCCAGGCAUAACUUACAGCCUGGACCGACAGUGCCAACAGAUAUUUGGAGAGGAGUUUUCACAUUGUCCCAACACUUCAGCCAGUGAGGUGUGCAGACAGCUCUGGUGCCAGCAAGAAGGGCAGUCUGUGUGCACAACCAGGAACGGGAGUCUUCCCUGGGCGGACGGCACAAACUGUGGCCCCAACAGGACCUGCCUGAACAGUGAAUGCAUGUCCUCAGAUGAAGUCAUGAAGCCAAAGCAAGUUGUGGAUGGAGGCUGGGGCGAGUGGGGACCAUGGCAACCAUGUUCCAGAUCAUGCGGAGGCGGAGUGAUGUUCUCCUACCGAGAGUGCAUCCGGCCAUCUCCUCAAAACGGUGGAAAAUACUGUGUGGGCCAGAGAGUGAAUUACCAGUCCUGCAACAAACAGGCCUGUGAGAAUAACCGAGGGAAAAGUUUCAGAGAGGAACAAUGUGAGAAGUACAAUAAUCCCAAUCACUUCGAUGUGCAUGGAAAUGUAAAGCAGUGGAUACCAAAAUACGCUGGAGUGUCGCUACGAGAUAGAUGUAAACUCUUUUGCAGAGCACGAGGCAGCAGUGAAUUCAGAGUAUUUGCACCUAAAGUAAUUGAUGGAACCCUAUGCGGUCCAGAUACCACAUCCUUCUGUGUGCAAGGCCAAUGUAUCAAAGCUGGUUGUGACCUGGAAAUCGAUUCUAAUAAGAAGCUCGACAAAUGCGGGGUGUGCGGAGGGAACGGUCAGAGCUGCAGGAUGAUAUCUGGCUCAUUCAAUAAAGUCGUCCAUGGAUAUAGGGACGUUGUGACGAUUCCAAGUGGAGCCACCAACAUUAACAUCAAACAGCAGAGCCAUGGAAGUAUACCACACGAUGGAUACUACUUGGCUGUACGAAGAGAAAAUGGCGAUUAUGUCUUGAAUGGCAACUUCUCGGUCUCCACAGUGGAGCAGUAUAUUCCAGUGCUUGGGGCUGUGCUGAAGUACAGUGGCUCGUCCACCACAUUGGAGAGACUUCAGAGCUUCCGCCAGCUACAGGAACCAAUCACAAUACUGCUGCUCUCCACCGCUGGGGAAUCCAUCCCACCGAAGGUAAAGUACACCUUCUACAUUCCUAAAACCACGUCUUUCAGCAAACCUAAAGACAAAAAGAUGGCUGGCAAACUGAUCCAUCCCUUUGGGGUGCCGCAGUGGGUCUCGGGCGAGUGGUCUGAAUGCUCCAAAACGUGUGGUUCAGGGUGGUCCAGGAGAAAUGUGGAAUGUAAAGACAAUGCUGGCUUCUAUUCAAACCACUGCAAUAAAGAUCUCAGACCUUCUGAUAUCAGGCCCUGCGCAGACCUGCCAUGUCCCAUGUGGCAAAUAGGACCUUGGUCUUCAUGCUCACAAACUUGUGGCCACGGCGAACGCCAGCGUAAUAUGCUCUGCAUUGAUUACACUGGGAAGAUUUUGGAACCGGAGAAUUGUGACACUGCCAAGAUGCCUCGGCCAGUAUCGGAAAAGUGUUUCUACCAAGAGUGUUGAGGACAUCAUGCAGGCUGAGGUGAUAAGACGUUCCUGUGAACCAAUAUACAGAUUAUCAUUUGACCGUGCUUCAGGUUGGAGCAGGAAAUUUUCAGCUUUAGGUGGAGCUGUGUGGAGUGAACUUGUUAAUGAAUAUUGCACGGACUGAUCACUUGGGCUUUGGUUUUCCUAAUAUCCAUGUAUAUCAAUAACCACUAUUGAAGUUUUAUCCAAUAGAUAUCUACCUCAGCAAGCAAUGCUGUUUUCCUAACUUGUGCCUCCCAAUUACAUAUAGAUUAGGUUUCGAAAUGUCACAUUUAGUGAUUCUGAAAAAUAGAAAACACACCAAUCAGCCAAGACUUUUACAUUUAUCUCAGGCUGACUUUUUAAAAUAAGGACAGAAAUCUUUUAGUUAAAACGUAUUUGUAGCCACUAUGAAGGUGCUAUAAUUCUUUAUUGAUUUACUUUGUGAUUGGGUCAAUAAUGAUUGACUUUACCUUUUUUCAUGGCUUGCAUUUAUCAGUGGUUAUUUUCACUUUCAGAGUUGAAGUGUAGCAAGAACACGUGAUUAAAGCAUGAUCAUAUAAAUAUGUUAGUCUCUUGUAAAAUGAAAACUGUAUCGGAGUUACACAGUGGUUGAGUCUAAUUUAUUUCCUGGAACAUUAAUAAGUACAAUUAAGUGUUUAAAUUUUACUUUUGAAAAUUCCUCAACAAACAACGUUUGUGUCCAUUCAGAGGGUUAUACAAUGGUUAUGUAAUUUACCAUUUACUAUAGCUGUUCUUUGUAUUAAACACUGUUUAAUUUCAAAAGUGCACAUAGCAAAUUGUUGUGAAUUGCUAUGUGAAUGAAAACUUGGAGGUUUGAAAACAUCAGACCUUCCGGUGAGUUCAUGCUUCAUGAAUAGAUGUCUGCUGAGAUUUUGAAAGAGCUGUGUAGUUGAACGUUAUUGAGGAAAAAAAAAAACAGUACAGUAUACAAUUAAACUGACAAAUAGGUAAUGCUCCUUUAAAAUGAUUGUAUAUGAAUGUUCAGUUGUGUACAUUUCAUAUAUUAGUCAUAUUAAAAUGCAGCAAAACAUAUUAUCCCUUCAGUGAAGGACUGUACUUUGUUACUUCUUCAUUGUAAAGCUAUUUAUUUUUGUACAUUUUUAUUGUAUAAAAUAGAUACAAAUUAUGCAAUGUUUUCCAGAUGCUGCUUUCUUUUUGUUUUGUAACUUAUCAAUGAAAUGUCUGAAAUAAAAACAUUUCAAAAUCA